AGACGAUGUCUAAUUCUCAUCAUGAGGAAGUAAACUAUCUUCCUGACUAUUCUGGACGUCAUAAUCCUCAUCCACAGAGAGUAACACAUUUCACAGGCUUUUUAGGCCUACCAGUACCAGUUGUCAAUGAUCCAGGCUUUUCAUCACACGACCGUUACACAUCACCUUCAAGAGGCAUUACAUACAGUUCACUUGAAUUGAAACGCACCAAUUUUCCUAUUGGUUUAUCGCCAAGUUAUUAUACAGAUCAUUUACUGAAUAACUCGUUAAAAUUAAGUAAACGAGAUUACGCCAACAGCAGCGAUUCACUGAGUAGAUCAGGAAGAUCGAAUUCUACUGUUCAUCAUGUUCCUGUCGGUAUCCUUCCACUAUCACGGAUACGUCGAAGAAUUCCUCAGUUGGAUACUAUAAAUGGAUUAAAAUAUUUCACUGGCUUGCAAAACUAUUCUGCUCGUGAACGUCCUCCUCCAAUUGGUCCGUUGAUUGACUCUGAUGCGAGUCGAUUGAAAGAAGUGAAGCCAUCACAAGAAUUUUUAAAUGAAACCAAACAAAUGAGUUUUCUGAACAAACACAUAUCAGGACGUAAACUGAAGUGGCAAAAUGAAUUGGGCUUUCUUACAGGGACUAUUUUAAAUCAAUUAAAAAUACCAAUAUUAGAUGGCAACAAUUAUGCUCAGAACUCUGAUCGAUACAGUAAUACUUUUAACAGAUCUGAUUAUCAUUAUUUACAAUCAGAUAUGAACGAAAAAAGUCCGUAUGUCACAAAUAAUCAAACCGAUAUAUUGAACAGAAAUCAAAAUUCAUCAGGUGAAUUACUUUAUUCAAGUAAAACUGGUCGACUUCUACCUCCAUCGAAUAGCAGCAGAUGCAAUCGAACACGCAGUCAUGCUUCUAUCUUUGAUAGAAAUCAGUGUUCAAAUAAAACAUCUUCAAUGAAUGAUUUAUUUCGUGAUUAUGAAAUUCAAGUUUUUUCAAUGAUCUGUAGUAUUUUACAAACAAAUGAUUUGAAUGCUGUUCAACAUUGGUUAGAAAAUGCUACAGACAGGGAGAAAAAUUUAAUUAUCAGUUUAGUUUCUACUGCACUAUCCCAUCAGGAUGCAUAUUUUAAUGGCAGACAGAAUCAUGCAAACUGUCAACAACCUGAAUCGGACACACAUUGGUCUCGAAGAGAGAAAACCUUGAAUAUGAAUACAGAGAUAGAAGAGAAGAAUACGAAGAGUUGUAGUACUACAACUGAUCGUUUGGUUUUAGACGAUGUUAAUAAUAUAAAUGAAACACAUAGUAGAGGUGUACAAGCCAAUCUCCUUGACUCAAGAUCAGAUCAAACUGUAAGCAGUGACGAUACGGAUGCGAAGACAGCAAUUAAUAAUACAAGUGCUUCUUCUAGUCUAUGCCAAACACCUAUGAAAUCCUGUUGGAAACAAAAUGAAUCCAUCGGAAUCCCCUGA